CAGCGAGGGAGUAACAAUGUGCUGUUGAACAGACUGAAGGGUGAUGGUGCUGACAACACAAGCUCUUUACAUGGACAUGAAGUGUGAAGUGUCUGUGAAGCCACUUGUUUGUUUGCAAGAUUAAGCAAAAAGAAACAUCAACAUUUCAUGGCGGAGGUGUAGAGAUGAUCCAGAGAGCCACGGCUUUUCAGUUAAAGGAGAAAAUCCCUUUUAAUUUUUGAAAAGAUUCAGCGGCUGACUCUCGGCUAUUUUGGCUGUUUGUCUCAAAUGUCUCAUGGCACAAAUUUGUUUGUUUAUUUACUUUAAACCAGUGUUUUAUCGCUGCUCUUUUGCAUGAUUUCAUCCUAGUUUGGAGAGUUUCCAGACAAAUCCUGACCAUUCUUUGCCUCGGCUUCUCUCUUCAGAUUUUACGUUGGUUCUGUAUUGAGUUUUUUUGCCGACUUUUAACCAAACUUUGGAAACGUCUGCACAAGUGCAACACCAUAUUUGUGUGGAUGAAAACGCUUCCCCGACACAUGGCUGCACGAGGUUGACCAUAAAGUGACGGUGAUGAACUCGGACGCUGUUUAAAGCGGGAGUUUCUGCUGGAGGUAGUCGAGAGUCCUGAGCCCAAAACAUUGUGGAGGUUAGUGAAGCGCUGAAUCUAGAGAAGGUGGAGCCAGAAAACAGUCUGGAGCCCGUCUCAGCCGCGCUCCGUCCAGGUCAUUCCCAUGUGACUGGUGUCAGAAUGGUCUCCCCCAGAUACGCCCGUGACACGCCGCGGAUCUUCUCAUUUCCCCUGAGCUGCGUUUCCACCCGAGAAGGCGGCACAAAUCCUUGUCCAGGCUCAAACCAUCUGCAGCUCAGAGCGACGGCAACAGCUGGACUGGACUUGAGCUGACUGACUCCCACGCCACGCCCCUCCUCUGCUUUCAGUGUUUGGCUGCGUCCAUUUCAACAUUCUGGUCCGUGUGGAUCAGACCCAGCUUGUACCACAUCCUCCACGCUCCGGGAAUAUUUGGGGGGUGGGGGGGAGAGUCUCAUGGUUCAGGAUCAUAACUGAUCAGUGCAGUCAGAAUGGGAACAGGGAAGGACAAAACUAAAACACUUUCUUUCCUAUUUUGAGGGCGAGUGAACCGCCAUACUUGAGGAUAUAAGCAGCACUUUGACUCCUGUUGCUCUUGUAAUGUCAUGAUUCCCUUUGCUAAACAAUGAAAAUAGGUCAGAUUGUUCAUGUUGCCGAGCAACCAAGAGUAUUGAUGCUUGUGUAUACAUGUGCGCUCAAGUUUGUGUGUCCCGCCUUGGUGGAGUGCGCAGAGCAAGAGCGGAUGUAAGGAAGGAAUUUUCAGGACAAACAUUUCAUCUUCACGCGGCGGCUACGUUUGCCGUGCAUGUGACAGCGGCGCACGGCACUGUUUUGUUGGGAGGAAAUGGGACUCAGAUGUGUAGAAUACGUCCGAUAAACAACCUGCAGUCUUUGGACGCCUGACUCCAGAUCUGACUUGGAUUACGCCGCCGUGUCCCCGAGAUCCAAAUGAGAAGUGAAGCUUUUGCUGGGACGUCUUGUGACUGCUGCCAGGAGGAAGUCUGCAAACCAUUUAGUGUCCCAGUGUUUGGGUGACCUGAGGUCAGGAGUGAGCUUCACGAAUGGCAAACCCAGUUUCAUGUCAAUAGAACUGGCUCCCUUGACUUCGUUGGUCUUGGCUCCGCUGCGAGUCAAUUGCAAACUAUUUCAUUUUAUACUCACCCUGUAUGUGAUUCAUAAAUAUUGCAAUAACUGUGUGGAAAACAUGACAUGGUGGCCCUUUAUUUCAAGGUGUUUUUUUCCAGUGUAUUUGAUUCAUCGGUUUAACUGACUGAAGAUUAAAGAAGUAAAAGAAGGAGGGAAAGGAAAAUGACUCAUGAGUUGGCUUUACAAUUCGAAUGAUAAUAAAUUAUGAAAAAAAGUACAGUGAAUUUCUCGUUUUGCUCAGAACACAUGAGGGCCGCAGAGGUCAGGCAAAGGGCCGAAUGUGGCCCCCGGGCCUCACUUUUCGCUCGGGCUGGAUGAUGUUGACUUUUCCUCAAAGAUCUAGUGGAGGGAUCUGAUCCACGGCCGGGACAAACACCCGAGGCCGUUCCUGUCCAUCAGAGUCAGACCUGGUUCCACAGCUGCUGCACCGGUGCCAUGUCACCAACUGUUUCUUCUUCUCCCUAGGUGCUGAAUAUGAGGGCGCCACAUUGUGUUAAAACAGCCCCAGUGACCACCUGUGUUCAGCAUCGACCAAACAGCCAGACUGAGGUGGAGCCACUGGAAAGGAAGUGAAGUUCGCCGGCUGUAACGCGGCUCCUCACCUGUGUGUGUGUGUGUGUGUCAUCACCGCAGGUUCAGAUCCAGGCCCAGACGUGAGUCCAACACAUGGCAGUGGCUCCACUUCCGAUGGAGCCCAGCGGGGUAGAACACUCUCUCUCUCUCUCUCCUUCUCUCUCUCUCCUCCCUCUCAGUAGUUCCCUCUCUCUCACCCCACUCUCUCUCUCUCUCCCCUCUCUUUUGUUGCUGCCCGACACUUUCUCAACAGUUGCAGAGAGGGAACUGAUAUUCCAUGUGUGCACCACUCCCACUCUCCCUGGACUGAACUGUACAGGACCAUGAGCUCCGGAGCUUCUCUCACAGACUGAUGGAACCCCCUCCUUCUGGAAGAUCCUAAAGAAAGAGCGACCUGAAGGACGGUGUGCUUCAUAAUUGUUUGGGGCGUCUGCGGUGCAUUGCUUUCUAUGGAUCUCCGGAUAGGAGAGCGGAGGAUGCGGCCUGGCUCAGACACAGCCCUUCUCACCCCGCUGCAUCCGCCUUUACUUCUCAGCCCUUUCCCCUCGCAGCCCCGCACCACCUUCUCUCAGCAGCAGCUGCACCAGCACAUACGGUUCAGUAUGGAGCAGAGGAGGUGGGAGCAGGAGCAUCACGAGAAGCAGCAGGAGCUGCAGCAGCUGAAGCACAAAGACAAGAGUCAACAGAGUGCUGUCGCCAGUUCGCUGGUCAAACAAAAACUCCAGGAGGUGAUUCUGAAGAAGCAGAAGCAAGCGGCGCUGGAAAGAAGCAACUCCAACUCCCUGGCCGUGACACCAGUCGCUUACAGAAAACUGGGCCCAGACCCCGGUGUUCCCUCCCAGCCCGCCGUCACUUCCCCCCCUCCGUCUGAAGGUGCCGAGGGGACGCCGCUCCGCAGAGCAGCGUCCGAACCCAACCUGAAAGUGAAGCACAAACUGAAGAAGCAUCUGAACACUCGCAAAAGCCCGCUCACUCGCAAAGAGAGCGCCCCUGCCACGGUCAAACACAGAGUCCCCGACACACUGGAAUCCUCGCCCAGCAGCAGCAGCACACCGGUCUCAGGGUGCAGUUCCCCCAACGACAGUCUCCCCAACGAGAAUGGACUACUGCCCUCUGCUGGCGGACUUUCACAUGAGGCGCAGAAGCUGCUGCUCAGGGACGGCACUAUAGCCAACUUCACCAUCCAGAGCCCCUCCACUCUGCCCACCAUCACACUGGGGUUACCAGCGCACGCCCGGGCUGACGGAGAGCUCCUGAACGUGGGGCAGGUGCCGCUGGUCGCGGCCGCAGGCUCACAGGUUUUCCUCCAGCUGAACCGGGAGGAGCAGGCUGCUCAGGUGAACCCUCACCUUCCUGUCAUCAUCCUGGAGCCCUCCGGACUGGUGCGCUCCCCCAUGCUCACUGUUCCAGGUCUCGACGGCGUCCCUGUGCAAUUCAACUCGCCGUUAGACCAACUGUCGCCGGCCGCUACUCAAGGCCACAAGCCACUCAGCAGAACUCGGUCAGAACCACUUCCUCAGAGCACUCGGGCCCUUCAUUCACAUCUGCUGCAGCAGCAUCACAACACACAACUACUGGAGAGACUCAAGCAGCAGACUCACCUUGGAAAGCUCAUGUCCAAGUCGAGUGAGAAGCCGAGGCUCCAGCAGAUCCCUUCGGAGGACAUGUACCCAGAAGACGGUGGAGGGAGCUCGCCCACCGAGCUGGCCUAUCAGAGCAGAGGGAGGGCUGACUCUCUGAGAGAGGCGGAGCCAGCCGCCUCCAAGAGCCACGAGGAGCAACUCCACCUGCAGCACGCUCUCAUACUGAACCAGUCACUUUUGUGGGAGCAGCAGAAGCAGCUGCAGCAGCUCCAUCGACAAAUGGAGACGCUGGCGGUGCCCAUGCUCCGAAACAACGGCAGUCGAGGAGGCUGCGGCGCUCUCAGUGUUCACCGGCCGCUCUCACGUACUCAGUCCUCUCCAGCCUCCACCUCCCUGUCUCUUCCAGAGAAGCACCUGAGUCUGGCGGGGCAGGAAGGAGGCUUGAAACUCCGCUUCACGACAGGCCUCCUGUACGACUCUCAGAUGCUCAAGCACCAGUGUGCAUGUGGGGACAACAGCAGUCACCCGGAGCAUGCUGGGAGAAUUCAGAGCAUCUGGUCUCGACUGCAAGAGAGAGGCCUGAGGGGGCAGUGUGAGACCAUCCGCGGACGGAAGGCCACGCUGGAGGAGCUGCAGUCGGUCCAUUCAGAGCGCCACGUCUUGCUGUACGGCACCAACCCGCUCAACAGACUCAAGCUCGAUAACCGCAAACUGGCCGGAAUUCUGUCCCAGCGGAUGUUUGUCAUGCUGCCGUGUGGAGGUGUGGGGGUGGAUAAUGACACCAUAUGGAACGAGUCCCACACGUCGACGGCAGCACGGAUGGCCGCGGGAAGCGUGGUGGAGCUCGCGGUCAGAGUUGCCAAGGGCGAACUGAAGAACGGCUUUGCAGUGGUCAGACCCCCGGGGCACCACGCCGACCCCUCCAAUCCCAUGGGGUUUUGUUACUUUAAUUCCGUGGCCAUCGCCGCCAAGCAGCUCCAGCAAAAGCUCAGCGUCAGCAAGAUCCUCAUCGUGGACUGGGAUGUCCACCACGGGAACGGGACCCAGGAGAUCUUCUACAGUGACCCCAGCGUGCUCUACAUAUCUCUCCACCGCUACGACAAUGGCAGCUUCUUCCCUGGCAGCGGCUCCCCAGCAGAGGUUGGCUCAGGGGCAGGAGAGGGCUUUAACGUAAACGUGGCUUGGACCGGAGGACUGGACCCGCCGAUGGGUGAUGCUGAAUACCUGGCUGCAUUCAGAGCAGUGGUGAUGCCGGUGGCUCAGGAGUUCUCCCCCGAUGUGGUGCUGGUGUCGGCCGGCUUCGACGCUGCCGAGGGGAACCCGGCUCCUCUGGGAGGGUACAAGGUCUCAGCCAAGUGCUUCGGCUUCCUGACGCAGCAGCUGAUGUCACUGGCCGGCGGGCGUCUGGUUUUGUCUCUGGAAGGCGGCCAUGACCUGACGGCCAUCUGCGACGCCUCUGAAGCCUGUGUCGCCGCCCUGCUGGGGCGUCAGGAUCAGCUGCCGGAGGAGGUUCUGACCCAGAAGCCAAACGCCAACGCCGUGGUCUCUCUGCAGGCCGUCAUCAAGGUUCAAAGUCAGUACUGGCCGAGCGUGAAGGCGCACGGUGGGUCAGUGUGUCUCUCCUACCGCGCCGCACAGAGACGAGACUGCGAGGAAUCGGAUGCCGUCAACGCUCUGGCCUCGCUUUCUGUGGGCGUUGUGAAGAGCCCUCCGGAGGAGCCGAUGGAGCACGACAACCAGCAGGGUCUCCUCCACUGAAGCGCCUCCUCUGCCGCCGCUGUGCCUUCUCACCUCACGCCUUGACUCCCUCCAAUCCAACACACCAAAGAGCCUGCGCCAGACUCUGACUCCGAGGGAGCGUCAGCAACACUCCUGUCCUGGUGCAGUGGCCGCGCGCGCGUGACCACUAGAAGAGAGCAGCGCGGCGGGCCAGCGGACACCAGGACACAACUGUGGUUUUUAUUGCACUGUGCAUUCCAGAAUGUGAAACUAAUGAAAUUCCAAAGCUCUGGGAAAAGUGAGACGUGAUUUGAACUGCAAUGUCUUAUGAAGACUCACUUAACAGACAAGCAUUGACCAAAAUGCAGUGCUUUUUGUACUUGACAGUUGAAGAAUGGGUUUCCUCACUGCUGUUUCAUGUCUUAAGCCAGAGUCACCGUCGAGUGCCUUGGAUUCACAUUGAACUCACUUGGGUCUGAAGAAAACAACGAAGCUUCAGCUUCAGCUAGAACCUCACUGUUGGCCAGUUGAAGCUCCGAGCGCUUCUUCCCGACUGACCCCAGUCUUUGGUAGCAGUACUGCGAGUCCACUUCAGGGUACCGCCAGUGCCUUCUGCGGAACCUGUGGCCUCACUAAACCUGCGCGCUGCACUUCUUUUAGAAGGUUGAUAACCUUCUGCGCUGCAACGACAACACAACCCCAUGGAAACAAAAGCUGAAAUCCGCAACUGUGAUUGUAUAGAGUCAGUUUACACAGUUACAGAGUUAGUGAUGGGUGUGAAUCUCCUGACAAUCUUGGUCUUCAGAAACCUCAGAGCUUCUUCUGCCGCCGCUGGGCUACUUCAUAUCGGAUGGUGCUCUCACUCUUCUGACCCGUGUCUUAUCGACGUGUCCCAGCUGGGGCACCCUUGUAUACACUAUAUGUACACUGUAAAUGUGUGUAAUACCCCAGACGUCUUACGCAGAGGCCAGACCCGCCUCCUGCUUCUUACUGAGGCCGUCGUCGUGUAUGUGACAGUGCACAUAGGUGUUUCCAGACCAAAAUACACACGUGCCUUGCUGCCGUGGCUCGUCCGUGUAUGGGUGACCAGUGACUAACUGGAGCGACUGUUUCAUUAUCAUGUUUUAGCUCGCAUUUCUUACCACAUGUAUGUAUAGAAAGAUUGGUCUAUUUUGUACUGAUAUUUUUUCCCUCCAUUAAAAUGUUUCCAAAACAUGGAUGGAUCGUGUUUCUAUGUCUCUAUUCAUCUUUGAAUAUUUGGUGGCGGCAUUUAAAUGUUGUCUUUUACAGCUGAUCUUUUUAUUUGUUUGUCUCUUUUUCAUCACAUUUUUGGGGUUUGAAGAAAAAUGAGGCACAGGACAUGUUGGACAUGGAAGCACCAAGAAGACGGGAAAAUCGUUCUAAACUGGGGUCAGUGUCCGAUCCUCACUUCCCCACUGAGUUUGAGGAGCAGGAAGUAGGAAACGUGUGACUCUACUCCGGAGUUUUGUCAGCCAUUUUGAUGGGCUUUUAUUUUGUUGUCUGUUUCCAGUUCCUGUCGACGUUCCUCCGGGCUGCAGCUGGAACCCAUCCUGCAAUCAGCUGUCCUCCUUAUCUGCUUCCUGGGUCCAGACUGCAGGCGCCUGCUGCUUGUUGUUCCCUGCCUGGGUGAGACCUUCUUGGUUCUCUUUGUUUUAUAUGUUUUUCA